AUGGCCCGUCGCAUGCUCGUCACCAGCGUGGCGGCCAGAUACCAAGCUGACGGCUCCUCUUCCGACCAAGGCAAUUCAGCUUCACCAGCGCCCAUGGUCACUUGCGCCCUACACAUCUCGAAGCGAUGGGAAGAGUACAAGAAUCUCCAUGAAGAUAUUUAUACCAUCCCGAAUAUUCUUACGUUAUCGCGACUCGUAGCCGCACCCUUCGUUGGCUACUUCAUACUGCACGAUCAGCAUGCCUGGGCCCUGGGUCUCUUUGCCUAUGCGGGCAUCACCGAUCUACUUGAUGGUUGGAUCGCCCGCCGAUGGAACCUUCAGACGGUAGUAGGCACCGUCAUCGAUCCUAUGGCCGAUAAGACUCUGAUGACCGUCUUGACGGUGUGCUUAGCUGCCCAAGGCUCUCUACCAGUUUGGCUCGCCGCCAUCAUCCUAGGCCGCGAUGUCGGUCUUGCGAUAUCCGCCAUCUACUAUCGCUGGAUCUCCCUCCCACCCCCGAAGACUUUCGCGCGAUACUGGGACUUCUCUUUGCCCUCGGCCGAAGUUCGUCCGACGACCAUCAGCAAAUACAAUACGUUCCUCCAGCUUGCCCUGGUGGGCCUGACGACGGCCGCGCCAGUCCUCACCUACGACCUUUCUACGCCACUGACCGUUCUACAAUACAUUGUGGCAACCACAACAGUCUGGAGCGGGGCCAGUUACGUCUUCAGCAAGGACGCAGUCAAGAUCCUUUCCGCCCCCAAGGAUAAGCCAGCAUAG